AUGUCAAACCCUGUUACUUUACACUUAAGAGCUGAAACCAAGCCAUUGGAAGCUAGAGCUGCUUUAACUCCAUCAACUACUAAGCAAUUGAUAGAUGCUGGCUUCAAAAUAUACGUUGAAAAGAGCUCGCAAUCAACAUUUGCUGCUGACGAAUACGAGAAGGUCGGUGCUACUAUUGUACCAGAAGGAUCUUGGAAAGAAGCUCCUAAAGACAGAAUAAUCUUUGGAUUAAAAGAAUUACCAGAAAAUGAAACAUUCCCAUUAGUACAUGAACAUAUCCAAUUUGCUCACUGUUAUAAAGAUCAAGCUGGAUGGAAAGAUGUCUUGAGAAGAUUCCCAGAAGGCAAAGGUACUUUAUACGACUUAGAAUUUUUGGAAAAUGAUCAAGGUAGAAGAGUUGCUGCAUUCGGUUUCUACGCAGGUUUUGCUGGUGCUGCCAUUGGGGUAAUGGACUGGGCUUUCAAACAAACCCACUCUGAUGAUGAAAAUAUACAUGGCGUCACCCCAUACCCAAAUGAAGACGAAUUAAUCGCAGAUGUUAAAAAGGUAUUAGAUGAAGCAUUGAAGAAGAAUGGUGGUGAAUAUCCAAAAUGUUUAGUUAUUGGUGCUUUAGGUAGAUGCGGAUCUGGUGCCCUUGACUUCUUCAAGAAGGUUGGUAUUCCAGAUGAAAAUCUUAUCAAGUGGGAUAUGAAAGAAACCGCUAAAGGAGGACCAUUCAGAGAAAUUGUUGAUUCUGAUAUUUUUAUUAACUGUAUCUAUUUAUCUCAACCAAUUCCUCCAUUUGUUGACUACGAUAGCUUAAAUGUACCAGACAGAAAAUUGAGAACUAUUGUUGAUGUCUCUGCUGAUACUACUAAUCCCCAUAACCCAAUCCCUGUCUAUAGUAUUGCAACUGUAUUCAAUGAUCCAACAGUUCCAGUUGAAACCACCGCUGGUCCAAAGUUGUCUGUUUGCUCAAUUGACCACUUACCAUCUUUAUUGCCAAGAGAAGCCUCCGAAUUCUUUGCUAAAGACUUAAUGCCUUCUUUGUUAGAUUUGCCUAAUAGGGAUACCUCUCCUGUGUGGGUCAGAGCUAAGCAAUUAUUUGACAAACACGUUGCCAGAUUAGAUUAA